AUGGAUGGACCUGAUCAAAUUGGCCCCGAUUUGAGGCCCAAACGGACGCUGGCCGACCGCUGGAGAGGAAUCGUCAAGACUUUCACCACCAGAGAGGGGUUGAUCGGAGAUUACGACUAUGCCCAUCUGUUCACACCCAGAAUCCCCUUCACAAAGAGGAGUCAGAAAUCUGCUCCCUUCUUCGGCGUCGAUGACCGCGUUCCUGUGAUGCUAGCUCUGCUUCUGGGCUUGCAACAUUCCCUGGCUAUGUUGGCAGGAGUUAUCUCUCCUCCUAUUCUCCUUGGCGGCUCUAGUGGUGCCAACUUUGGCUCUGACGACUAUCAAUAUCUAGUGUCCACCUCCCUCAUUGUUUCCGGCCUGUUAUCGUUGAUGCAAAUGACCCGCUGGCACAUCUACAAAACUCGUUACUAUGUCGGAACAGGCCUGAUCUCAGUCGUUGGCACCUCCUUCGCAACAAUCACAGUAGCCUCGGAUACCUUUAGCCAAAUGUACUCGUCCGGCUACUGUCCGGUCGACGACCAAGGCAACCGUCUGCCAUGCCCGAGGGGUUACGGAGCUAUGUUGGGAACCUCUUGCCUGUGUUCCCUGCUGGAAAUCGGCCUAUCAUUCAUGAGCACCAAAGUCCUGAAACGCAUCUUCCCACCUCUUGUCACGGGCCCGACCGUCUUGCUCAUCGGAGCGAGUCUCAUCCAAACUGGUAUGAAAGACUGGGCCGGUGGCUCUGGCACCUGUGGCAGCAACCCCGCUAGUCGGGCAUUAUGUCCCAGUGCUGAUGCUCCACAUGCGCUCCCCUGGGGCAGUGCGGAAUUCAUCGGACUCGGAUUUCUUGUGUUCCUUACUAUCAUUCUCUGCGAGCGAUUCGGAUCGCCCAUCAUGAAAUCGUGCGCCGUCGUCAUCGGUCUGCUGGUCGGAUGCAUCGUGGCCGGAGCAUGUGGAUAUUUCGACCGAUCCGGCAUUGACGCCGCCCCAGUCGUCUCGUUCAUCUGGGCGAGGACAUUCCCACUGACCAUCUACGCGCCUCUCAUCCUCCCACUGCUAGCAGUGUACAUAGUGGUCAUGAUGGAGUCAAUCGGAGACAUCACCGCUACCUGCGAUGUAUCCCAAGUCGCAGUCGAAGGACCAACAUUCGACUCGCGUAUUCAAGGCGGCGUCCUUGGCAACGGCUUCACCUGCCUCAUCGCCGGCCUCUGCACAAUCACCCCCAUGUCCGUCUUCGCGCAAAACAACGGCGUCAUCGCACUCACCCGCUGCGCAAACCGCAAAGCAGGCUACUGCUGCUGCCUCUUCCUAGUCAUCAUGGGGAUAUUCGCGAAAUUCGCCGCCGCCCUCGUCGCCAUCCCCAGCUCCGUCCUAGGCGGCAUGACCACCUUCCUCUUCUCCUCGGUCGCCAUCUCCGGCGUCCGCAUCAUCUCCACUAUCCCCUUCACCCGUCGCAAUCGGUUUAUCCUAACCGCCUCCUUCUCCGUCGGUAUGGGCGCUACCCUCGUGCCGGACUGGUUCUCCUACGUCUUCACCUACAGCGGUGACAACCACUCCCUGACUGGGCUGCUCAACGCCGUGGAGUUAGUCAUGGUUAAUGGAUUCGCCGUCACGGCUGUCAUCGGCCUGAUUCUUAACCUUGUCUUCCCGGAAGAUGAAGAGGAGGAGGCUACCGUCGUCGAGGCCAAGGGGCCGGAGGCACCGGCUCACGAGAUUAGCGUUAUGCCCGAGUCUUCUGAUGAUAAGGCGGGACCAUCUACCUCUUUUCGUAUAUAG